CAGUAGGGCAACACUGGCUCCAGUCUUUUUUUUGUUGUAAACUAUUUGCUGUGUGUGUGUUUUCUGUUGUUGUUUAUCAUGCAUUGGUUUGGAAAUUGUUAAUUAAAUGCGCGCCACCCGCGCCCGGCAUGUAAUCAAUCGAAUCCAUGAAUAUGGACGGCCAAAAGAACGCGGGGCGUGGAGAUCGUAGCAGCAGCAGCACCCGCCCCCCUCUGCUGGCGUCGCUGUCGCUGCUUUUGCUCCUUGCGCUGACUUCGACGGCGACAGAGACUGGUGGAGCAGGAGACGGAGCAGCCGCAGCAGCAGCAGCAGCAGCAGCGGGUCAGGUGCAGAAUCCGGAUGGCCAAGUUCCGGAAAGUGGAAUCUCAGCGUCCUCAGCCGCCGGAUGCCCGCGCAAGUGUAGCUGCAGGAACAUCUCGGAGAACAUACACAGCCUGCGUGUGCGCUGCGACGAGCAGCAGAUAGCCAGCUGGCGGGAACUGGACUUUGGCGAGGAUGUCGCCAGCAGCAUUGUGGGAAUCAACGCCAGCAAGAACGCCAUUGCGCACAUAGGCGUCGAGGACUUUAGGAACUUUACGGAGCUGAAACGCUUGGAUCUCUCCUUCAAUCUGCUAACCGAGCUGGACCGGGAGACCUUCGGCGACAGCCUGGCCCAUGUGGAGAAGCUGAAGCUGGCGGGGAACGCCAUCAGCCACAUAUACGAGGGCACCUUCGAUCAAAUGCCCAAGCUUAAGCAGCUCGAUCUGAGCGGAAAUCCGCUGGCCUGCGACUGCGGCCUAAUCUGGCUGAUUGCCUGGUCGAGCGGCCGGGAUGUGCGCCUACAGCCGCCCCCCAAGUGCGAUUCACCGGUCAACUUUCGCGGGAUGCCGCUGAAGAAGCUGCGCGUGGGCAAGGACUUCCACUGCGAGACUCUGCUGCAGCCACUGCUGGAGCUGAUACCCAGCCAGAACCAGGUGGCUUUCGAGGGCGACGAGCUGCAGCUGAAGUGCUAUGCGCCGCGGGUGGCCAUCGGAGUGCCGCGGGAGAGCGAGGACCUGCCCACACGGGCCUAUGUCUUCUGGGGCUGGUCCGAGAAGAUUCGGGCCAGGAACUCCACCGAGGACAUUGUGUACCAGGAUCCCAGCAAGGUGUUCGAGGACGUUAGCCUGGAGACGCGCCACUCCACGGACUCGGGCAUCCUGCAGUCGAUCCUGCGCAUCGGCAGCCUGACGCAGAACCAUACGGGCAUGUGGGACUGCACGCUGCGCAGCCAGCAGGCGAACCUCUCGCAGGCCAUCGUCCUGCAUGUGGUGGCCAAGGGGACGCUGUACUGCGAGGCGCGGGUGGUGCACACCAACAAGGGCACCUACCACUGGCCGCGGACGAUGCGCGGCGAAACGGUGCUGCAGGAGUGCGUGGAGGAGCCCAGCGACGCCACCCAGGCCCGGCGAGCGUCCCACGAGUGCGGGCCGUCGGGGGACUGGCUCAAUCUAGACACCGAGAGCUGCGUGUAUGUCAGCGAGACGACGCGCAUCCUGGAGCAGUUCGCCAAGGUGAAUCUCACGCUGACCAAGGGCCAGAAUGCCCUGGAGAUAGCCCGCCGCCUGCACAACUUUACGCAGGCGCAGACGCAGCUGAACCGCAUCCGGGACCCCAUGGAUCUGGAGUACAUUGCCCGCACGCUGGUCAAGUACCUGGACCAGCUGGAGCAGCCGCAGCAGCAGCACGAGAUCAGCCACCUGCUGAUGGACAUCGUUUCGCAGCUGCUCAACCUUCCGUAUCACCUCUUCAGCGCCGCCCAGUCGGAGCAGGGCACGGGCCAGCGGCUGCUCCACGUGGUGGAAUCCUCCGCCAUGCGCCUGGCCCUGGCCAGCACCCAGGCGGAGCUGCUUCCGGCAGAAUUGGUCCCGUGGCGGGGCUCCCUCGCCCAGCAGCGCAAUCUCUUCGUCGAGUUCUUCAACAUCAGCGUGGAGGCCUUCGUGAGCCUGUCCUGCGUCUGGCUGGAGCAGAGUCCGCGGGGCUUCCAGUGCAACAGCGCCAACGACACGAUACCCAUGUACGAGCACGGCGACGUCGACGCCGCCAUCCAGCUGCCCUACAGCGUCAUCGGCAACAGCUCCCUCAGUGCCUCACGAAGCCUUCGCCUGCUCAUCUCGCUGCACAGGAACGGAAAGCUCCUGCCCAACCUGAGGGGCAGCCACAACGAGUCCCUGUCGUCGGCUGUGAUCGGCGUGCUGGCCUACAGCAGCGAGGGAGAACCGCUGCACUUGCGGUCAGUUGGCGACCUGGACCCGGAGGAGGAUGUGUACCAGCAGCGGGUCACGGUGAUGCUGCGGGCGCAUCCGUACCACAACCAGCUGAGUGCCCCGCAGCCGGCGUGGUGGGAUGCGGAAGAGCAGCGCUGGGAGUCGGGCGUUUGCCAGCAGCACUACCAGCACCGCACGCUCGUCAUGUUCAGCUGCAGCCGGACAGGCUACUUCGGCCUGCUGCAGCGGAGCCGCUAUCUCAACGAUUUUCGCAGCGAGGAGGCGGGCGCCAGGUUCCGCCACCCGCCGGCGGCCGUCUAUGCCGGCUGUGGCCUGCUCUUCGCGUGCUGCGCCUUCAACGCGGUCACCUUCGCCGUCUUUGGCCGGGCGGUGAGGAUCAACAGGGUGCAGCGGCAUGCGCUGGUCAACACCUGGCUGGCCCUGGGAGCUCUGGCGCUCGCCUUCUCGCUGGGCAUCUACCAGACGGCCAGCCAGCCGCAGUGCCGCCUGCUGGGCCUACUGAUGCACUACCUCGGCUUGUGCGUCCUGCUCUGGGUGUGCGUCAGCCUCAGUAGCAUGUAUAAACGGCUGACCAAGACGACGACGACGACGGCAUCGGGCCAGGGACAGGGCCAGGAGCUGGAGCCCCAGCGGGAGAGGGAGCGAAAGCCCAUCCUUGGCAUUUACCUGGUCGGCUGGGGUAUCGCCUUCCUGAUCUGCGGCAUCAGCAGCGCCGUGAACCUGGCCGAGUACGCCGCCUACGACUUCUGCUUCCUGCACAGCGCCACCACGCUGAACGCCCUCCUCGUCCCGGCCGUCAUCCUCGUGAUCUUCUGCGGCAUCCUGGCCCUAUGCAUCUACUACCAGCUGAGCCAGCAGGCGGUGAACGUGCUCCAACUGCAGCAGCACCAGCAGCACCAUCAUCAUCGUCAGUACUCGGACAACAAUACGCAGGCCACGGAGCACAUCGAUUUGGACUGGCUGGACGCGAAUGGCAGUGCCACGACGGCGGCCAUUGGCCAUCCCGGCGGCCGCAAGGAGCACGAUCACAUGCAAGAGCAGUAUAGCACGCUGAGCAAUCCGCUGAGCAGCAUAGUGGACGACUUCGAGCGCUCAAAUCUCUCCCACUUGCGCGGCCACUUCAUCUUCCUGGUGCUGUACGCCGGCGCCUGGCUAUCGGCCGCCGGCUACGUCAGCAGUGGCCAGGACCUGUACGUGAUCUCCUUCGCCGGCUGCUGCUCCUGCCUGGGCAUUUUCCUGCUGAUCUUCUACAACCUCAGCCGGAACGAUGCCCGACAGGCCUGGUCGCAGGGCAGAGACGGCCGGAGCGGCGCCAGCUGCAGGCCCAUUAAACUGGUGACCUACAACAAUGGCAGCCAGGCAAGGAGCAGCCAUCCCGGACCCGGCACAGCCAUGAUCAGUAACUCGAUAGUGGCCUACAAGGCGAAUCCCGGACCCGGGAGCCUCUACGAGGCCAAUAACUCGGCGGGCUCGCGCUCGAACAGUCAGUGCUCGCGGAGCAUGCGCAGCCAGGCCCGCAGCCAGACGAGGAGCCAGCAGGAGCAGCUGCUGCAGGCCAACGGUGCGGGCGGCAUGACCAUCAUCAACAACACCAGCGCCCACGGCGGCCAGCAGGGAGCGCAGGGCGGAGUCGCAGCAGCAGCAGCACCUGCCACAGCAUCCGGCUCGGGCAGCGUGGUGCCGCCGCACAGCCUGAACGCGCUGCUCCAUGGCUCCAGCCACGACCUAAUACCCUCGGCGGAGAUUUUCUACAACCCCAACCAAAUCAACGUGGCGCGCAAGUUCUUUAAGAAGCAGAAGCGCUUGGCCAAGCGCAACAACUUCGAGCUGCAGCGCCAGACGAUGCCGCAGAUGCAGCUCCAGAUGCAGAUGCAAAUGCAGCUCCACAGCCAGCACAGCCUGAGCGACGCCAGCUCGGAGCAGCUGUACAGCAGGCACCACAACGCCAUGACCCUGCUGGCCGGUGGCAGUAAGGUGAACAACACCAAUCUCCACUACAAGAACCAUGGAUCGCCGACGGCGAUGACGCCCAAGGAGAGCGGCGCCGAAUCGCUGCAGUUUAAGCGCUUUGUCCCCGCCAGUGCCUCGUCGGCCACGAAGAUCAUGCAGGCGAACAUUUACACCAACAUCCCGGAGACGCUGACGCCGCAGCACGAGGUGAUCAAGCUGAGGGCGAAUGGACGCACCAGGACGCCUUCGCUGCUCGACGAAACGCUGCACGAGCAGGAUGACGACGACGAGGAGGAGGAGGAGGAGCAGGAACAGGCGGCAGCUGCAGCCACGGCCGAGGAGCCAGAGCAGGAGAUGGAAGAGGAGGAUGCCAGCUCCCUGGACGAGCACGCUCCACUGUAUGCCAACACCUUGCCGCCGGCCAGCGGAAUGAGCAGCCUGUUCCGCAGCCGAGGCCCAACGUCCACCCACCAGCAACCCAUCAGUUCCACGCCCGUGAAGCAGCCCAGCCUGGAGGCCAUGAACAGCCUGGGCUUGCCGGAAGUCAGCCUCGAGGAGCCGUUGCUUCAGGUGCACGAGAUAUACGUGUCCAACUCAUUGCAGGUGACCACCAACAACAGCAUCGAGCUGGACGACGACUUUCCCAGUGUCCUCAUCCGCUUCAGCCAGCAGCAGCAGUCCAAGUCCCUGAACAACAUCAGCGAAAUGCUGGCAGGCGGCGCAGCCAGCGGAGAAGCCAGUGGCAAGUCGCCGGAACUGGACGAUGCGGUUGUCCCUGAGGAGUCCAGUCAGGAGGCCAGCACCCUAGAGGAGCAGCAGCUGCGGCAAGCCUACUCCUGCUCCAGCAACAAUCUCUGCCCGUUAAAGACGUCGACGCACCAUCCAUCGGCGAUGGCGGAAACGGAAACAGAAACGGAGGACGACGGCCGCCUUCUGUCCGGCAGCCCCACCAAUGAGAGCGAUCUGAACUACCAGAACUCGGAGAUUAGCAUUCGCAGCCACGGCCUGUACGCUCCUCAGGCGGACAACGACCUAAACUUGACCCUGACCGACGACUUUCGCUGCUACCAAUCCUCGAAUGCCAGCGACGCCGAUGUGGACGUCCUGAACGAGUUUGACGAUGAGUUUGUGGCCGCCACGAGUGGCGACAGGGUCGCCGGGGAUGCGGAGCAGGAGCAUCACCACCAUGAGCACGACCAGGACACCUCCAUCGAUGAGCUAUACGAGGCCAUCAAGUGUCGCAGUCCGCUGCGGAGCAAGCAGGAUCAGGUCGCUGAGCGCUUCGAAAGGGAACGGGAGCGAGAAAGAGAGAGGGAGCGGGAGAGGGAGAGGGACAGGGAGAAAGAAGCCAAGCCGCUGAGCAACUCUCACAUCGAGAAUCUCAACGAGACAAUCGAGGACGAUAGCAGCCAGAGCAGCGUGAUCUCGUACAUCGAUCCAAGGGCCGCCAACGACCCGCAGCGUCCCUUUCCCAGCUAGCUCAUGCACACCUUAGUUGUAUAUAGAACAUAUACAGCAGCAGAUCGGUCCACACCCAAUGUAUUCCCCUGCCCACCAAUAUGUAUACUUAUAGUAUAUAUGUGGAGUGCACACUUGUAGGUUCGCCCACUCAGAGCUCCCCACAUAAACAGAACUUGUAAUUAUAGUAAGGCCCCUCUAUUUAUUAUGAUUAGUAUUAUCCCAUUGAGAGCUCGCCCAGUCGUCGCAGGAUAUUAACCACCAGGGACGCAGACGCAAAAGAUAGAGAGCUGGUCACUAGGCUAGAAUCGUUUCCCAUUUCAUCACAACGCAUAAGCAUAACGCAUAGGAGUAGACACCUACCCAACCCCCUGAGCACAUUUGGAUAAGUUUUUAUUUUCGGAACAGCAAACUGCAUUUAAAUGUAGGCUAAGUUUAUAAUUAGAUAUAAAUAAAUUAAAUGUUCACAUAAA